AUGUGGUAUGGGAUUGAAAAGGGAUGGUGGUCGCCACUUUUCUUUUACGUUUCUCCUGUAUUCCUUCUUCCCCCACCUAAUAUCUCUCUCAGCUUCCUUUCUUUAUGGGAUUCAAAGGUCACUACAUGCUCAUAUUUUCUCCUUUAUCAUUUCACCUCUUCCUCUCAAAACCCUAGCCUCAUCGUCGUUGCUUUCCUUCACUGUCGACCCAACCAAAUUUUGUUGUUAUUCCAUCACCAGCACAUCCGUUACUACUUUUCUACACACGCACGCACCAACAUGAAGUUAUCGCUCGAACGAAGAAUGGUUGAUAUCAAACCCUAAUCCACCGGUCCAUCGUUGCCUCCAAUAGAUGGAUUCACCACCACGUACAGUUUUUUCCCAGGAAAGAAUAUUGGAACUCCCUCCUCGCUUAGGUUCUUCUUUCCCACCGAGGUAAAAACACGAUAAUCUCAUACGUGUCUAUAUUCCUGUUUAUUUUAACGUGUCGCUUUCAUCUCUUCAAACAUUUUGAGGAUCUUGAGUAAUUUUUCAUUUCUAGAUCGUGCUUAUAAUCAUGAAAACGGUCUUUUAAGAAUUGUUAAAUGUUGCUGCUUUUUAGUUUCUUCAGAAGGGCACACUGAACAAUUUAAUCCUUUUCUCUUUGCACCUUACAUAUGUUAUCGAAUUUGGUUGCAGGUUUGUAGAUGGGCAGAAUGGUUUGAUUUUAGAAUUUAUUCACACACAUAUCAAUAUAUAAUGAGCUGGAAAAUCUUUAGGUCUGUGUUCAAAAAGAUCACCUAAAUGGAAGGUUAAAGGCCAUAUUUAAGCGAAUAAAAAAACUGCAAAUUUUAGCCCAAACCAGUUACAAUAAACCUCAAUAUGUAUGUCAUAUAUAUUAACCCUAAAAGAAGAAAAUGUAAGAUCUCAGAACUGCUUCCCAAAUCCCAAUUAAGCUUAUAGUUAGUUGAAGUGUUUCAAAGGGCAUUAAAAUACACUUUUUUGUAGUUUUUCUCUUAGGUGUUUCAUCAUACAGUUGGCAAGCCCUUGAAUUUUCAUAAUAGUGUUAAUGUGCAUUCAGAUUGUUACUUUUGUAGCUUGAAACCAAAAGAGGGUAUAAUUCGCCAUUAUAAUUUUCUGGGCCUCCGUUUCAGAUUUCUUGAUUUCCUUUUCGGCCUUUUAAUUUGAAUUUUGACUCGAUUUGUAUGUGUAUGUGCAAGAAUGCUCUGCCCUUUAUUCUUAAGCGGAUAAUCCAUUUGUGCUUUCGUUAUCUGUUAUCAGGGAAAUCACACAAUGGUGUAAAAGCUACUAAUUUAUUUUUGACUAAACAUUAACAAAGUGUGGUGAUGUUGGAAUAUAAUGAAAUAUGUCAAGCCUCAAAUGAACUACUUGCGGAGUUUAUUUAUUAUCUUCAUGGGGGACAUGUUACCUCUAUUCUAAGACAUGGUUAUGGAAUAACCAGAUCAUAUCAAGUUGGUUUAGAAAUAGACUUAGGUUGGUCUGCAACUAUGUUCUUCAUCAUAAUAUUUUUCAUAUUUGUAAUAUAUGCAUUUGUAUGAUGUAUACAUCGAUGGAAUUGUUGAAUGUUUUGCAUACUUUAUCGCAUUUUUUUGAAAUUUUUUGUAAUGUCUC